AUGAGUAUCACAGAAGCCCUGCUGUUGGAAAGGACCGCGAGUCCGUGGUCACCCACUCUUAUCUUCAUGAUAUCGACAGCAUGCUUAUCGUCCCUCCAGUUCGGAUACCAUAUGUCUGAGUUGAACGCGCCUCAGGAAAUCAUGAAUUGCGCCAGAUCCGUUCCGGCAGAUGGCACCUGGUUUGAGGAUCACGGUCUGUUGACAUGUAUACCGUUUCAAGAGCAUGUUGGAGCCAUCACCUCGAGCUAUCCCCUGGGUGGACUCGUUGGCUCUUUGUUUGCAGGCUACUUGAGUGAUCGUUACGGGAGGAAAAGGCUAUUUUUGCUAGUGUCGAUUCUCUACUUCGUUGGCUCAACCUUGGAGGGUCUGGCAAACUCGACUUUGAUUCUUGGACUUGGCAGAACGAUCAAUGGUCUCGGUGCAGGCACUGGACUGGUGGUUAGCCCAAUGUUCAUCAAUGAAAUAAGCCCUCUGAGGUUGAGGGGUUUCCUGGGAAGUCUCAACCAAGUGAGUGUCAACCUCGGUAUCUUGUUUACACAAUUGCUAGCUACGUGCUGGUCCAACGAUUCUCAAUGGAGACUUAUCUUGCUCAUGGGAUCUGCGAUGGCCCUGGCGAGCUUGGUGUGUUCUGUUUUCAUGUACGAAUCGCCCAGAUGGUUGUACUCAUCCAACCCAACUUCUGCGCUCAAGAUCCUCUCUAUAUUGCGCAAUGGUGAUGUUUCGGUGGUGGAAAACUGGGAGAACGAGGCUGAGGAAUCCCAGGGCGCAACCGUCAGCCUCACAGACUUCGAGACCAAUCCAAAAUACUCGAAAUCCAGAAACAUAUCUGCUCUCAUUAUGAUUGGUCAACAAUUCUGUGGCAUUAACUCCAUCAUUUUCUACGGGGUUCAGGUGCUGGUGCAGGUGUUCCCAAACAGCGUUAUUCUAGUUAACUGCUUGAUCUCUGUGCUGAAUGCUACAGUGACCUUCAUUGCAUCUCUGUUUAUGGACAAAUACGGCCGCAAACCGUUGUUGAGAUUGUCUUCGAUAGCUAUGGGGAUAUCCUCUUUGGGUCUGGCUGUUGGCAUUCUGAACCACCUCCCUAUGCUUUCGGUGGCCUCUGUUCUAGGUUACGUCGGAUUCUUCGCCAUUGGUGUUGGUCCCAUUCCUUUUCUGCUGAUCUCUGAAGUCAGUCAAGCAGAAUGUAAGGGACUCGCACAAUCCCAAGGUAUGGUGUUCAAUUGGCUCAGUACCUUCCUUAUCGGGGCGUUCUUUCCAUUGGUGAAUGGUGGGGGAGUGUACAUCGCGUUUGCCCUCGUUUGCUUCGCUUACUGCUAUUGGAUAACCAGGUCCAUUCCUGAAACAAAGGGGAAGGACACGUAUGAAGAGGUUUGGGGUAUAAGCUGA